AGAAAAAUCGGAUGUCCGAGAAGGCAAUGACGACACAAUGGCACGGAGGCCGCAAACCCCAGAGUAAACAUAAAGAAGCUCUUGCGGGGCCUCAAAAGAAGAGGGUCCCUAUCCUCAGUGUAAUCAAACAUUGUUGGACGAAGAGCGGUGUUGAGUCGCCAGCCAAUCUACCACCCCGCCUUGCUGAAAUCGAAACAAAGUAUAACGCAAAUGUUGAAAAGAAGCGGGCGGAACUUGGCUUGACUCAAGAAGAUGACAUCGGUUCUGAUGUGGAAGAUGAUGCCAUCCUUGAGGCAACAAGG